ACUACCAAGAUCCCCAAAUGCAAUUGAAUCUAUGAUCCCUCACAUCACCUAGCUAGCCUCCUCUUUAUCAAAUUCAACUAUAGCCAUAAACCCACUUACUACUUGACUAUCAUCAUUAUGAUCCAAACAAGAAAGUCUCAUUCUUUAUAUAUACUCUGCAUUCCUACUAACACUAAUCAUAAACUCACUCACCUAAAAUCUUUUAUGAACCCCUAAAUUAUUUAACCUUUUUUUCAUCAUUCUUCACAAUUUUAUUCAUAAUUUCCUGUAGUUCAACACACAAUGGACAAAGAUAUGACUGCUACUACUACUACACCUCCUUAUCUUAGUUUAUUUGCUGCAUUAUCGUAUGGAAUUGCAUCGAUGGCUAUGGUGUUCAUAAAUAAAGCAGUUGUUAUGGAGUAUGCAUAUUCUAUGACUCUUCUGACCUUGCAGCAAAUGGCAACUGCAUUACUUAUACACUUCGGGAGAGUAAUGGGAUGGACAAGAGCCAAAGCAUUAAAUGUUGAUACUGCAAAAAAACUUGUUCUUGUUUCCCUCUUUUAUAAUGGAAACGUGGCUUUUGCUUUAGCUAGCUUGAAAGGAGUUAAUAUUCCUAUGUACAUUGCUAUUAAACGGUUAACGCCCCUUGCUGUAUUAGUUGCUGGACUCUUUUAUAAGAAGGGAAAACACUCGAAACAGGUCAUUUUUUCUGUAUCACUCACUGCUGCCGGCGUAAUGAUUGCAGCACUGGGAGAUUUUUCCUUUGAUUUAUUUGGAUAUAUCAUGGCUCUCAUCUCUGUCUUCUUCCAGACAAUGUACCUCGUAUUGGUUGAACGGUCUGGUGCUGAAGAUGGGCUUUCAUCAAUUGAAAUCAUGUUUUACAACAGUCUUCUAUCCAUGCCUUUCCUUGUAUUUCUCAUAAUAGUUACCGGAGAAUUCCCAAGUUCACUCUCGUUAUUAUAUGCAAAGAGUUCUUCAGUGUACUUCUUUGUGAUGUUUAUUCUUUCACUGGUGAUGGGCAUAGUCUUGAACUACACCAUGUUUCUGUGUACCAUAGUCAAUUCUGCUCUUACUACAACUAUUGUUGGGGUCCUGAAGGGCGUUGGAUCCACUACCCUUGGGUUCUUCUUGUUGGGAGGAGUUAAGGUACACUUUCUGAAUGUGAGUGGAUUGGUGAUCAACACUCUUGGUGGUUUGUGGUAUUCGCUUGCUAAGUAUCAAGAGAAAAUCCGAAGAACGACAAUCCCAAGAUAACUAAAUGUGUCUUCCUAUAUCUAUUUCUUUGUAAGUUGAUAGCAAUUUCAUCUCGAUAGCUCCAAAAACAAGAGGUUUAAUUAAGCUAGUUACAAUCAUAUGUUGAAGGGUAGUAAAUGUGAAGCAUUUAUGCAUAAAUGCUUCUAGUUGAAACAAAGAGUUAAAAGUGAAAAACAAGAAGAGGGAACCCUUGUAUAUGUAGUUACUCAUUUUUCUUAUGCCACAAGAUGCAUAUACUACAUUCCAGCUUUGAAAUGUGAUGAACUUUUGUUGUUGUA